UGUGGGGAAGAACUCGAGUAAAAAUGCGAAUAUUGCCGUUGCAGAGGAGCAUCGAGCUGUGAUGCUGCAGACUCCCAGGUGACGGACUCCAAGGGACUUACGGGGUGACUUGUCCCCAGGGGUGUUUGUGCCUCUCGUCCUCCCUCCCCCACUGGGGUGUGGUGAAAGAGAGGAGCUGUUUUUAGACAGCUCAGUGAUACUGGUGCUUCCGGAUUGAGCAACGAUGCUGGUCCCUGUGCCCUAUGCUGGUCCCUGUGCCCCACAUUCCCAGCUGGUCCAGCACACUUCCCCCACCUGAAUUUCAGUAUGAUGCCAGUGUCAUGCUACUUCCCAGAAUAACCUGAAUUGGGGAAGUGGUUGCUUUCCCUACAGCUGUCGUUUAACUGUCUUGUCUAGGGGGGGUGGAGUUGGGGUCUUAGCAUCCCUCAUUGUAGAGGAAUGAAGGCAGUGGGUUGAUUAGUGUUGAUAAUAUGCAUCUGUGGCCUUGCCUUGAAGGCAGUGGGUUGAUGGACAUGGACGAUGUGCAGCUGUAGCUCUUCCCGCUAAGCAGUUAAAUAUCCCUGAGGAUUGUGGGAGAGGUGGUCAGACAGAGGAGGAGCAGUGUGGUCUGACCUCUGGAGUAAGGAGAAACAGCACGGACUGUAGCAUCUGACUGAUGACGGCCUACUACUUUGUUUGUGCUGGAACACCUCAUGAAGGAUGUGCUGGUGACAUCGGUCCAUGGGCACCAGUGUGCUCCUGGGUGCUGACCCGUGAUGGUCACCACGAUAUCCCUCGUGUAGGGGUCACACGAACCCCCUACAAGGGCUGGUUCUGUGGAGGAGCUGGGACACUUGUGCCCAGCCAUGAUGAUGCUUUUUGUCCCAGCUGCCCCACUCAUCUUUGCUUGGAAAUGGAGUUUUCCAGCUCAAGGUUUCACUGUAUGUGGGUGGACUCAUCCCCUUUGUUGCCCUCCUUGUGGUAAUGGCCUGAUGUCACGGCUCCCUGAUAGAGCACCCCCGUAUCGCUACCCGCGCAGCUGGGGGGUGGAAAGCCGCCUGUGCGCAGGCGCCGUGAGUUUCCUUUUUCUGCCACAAUUUAUGUAGUAGAUGCUGGGUGCAGGGAGCUCCUCUCUACGUGCCACGUGUCCAUGGAUGUGUCUCGGUGCCUGCUGCUCCCCCUCCUCCUCCUCCACCAAGCAACGUGUGACGGUGAAGGGGAAGAGGUGAUUGGGACUGUGGGCAAGUCCGUCACCUUCCACCUCCAGAGCCUGGAUGGAAAAGCCGUGGCCUGGAGCUUUCACAACGAUGUCAUAGUGACUGUGGAAAUUGGCAAUCCACCUAAACCCACGUUUUUUGAUGACAACUACAAGCCACGCUUGGCCUUCCCCAUGACCGGCAGCGCGCUCACCAUCUCCCAGCUGAGGAUGGAUGACAGUGGUGCCUACACCGCAAAGACCUCGAAGGCAAAAACCACCUUCACCCUACACGUGUACAGGGAGCUGGUGGAGCCGGCGGUGACCUGCCUGGAGAAGAACUGCUCAGCCAGCGGCUGCUACUACACCCUGCGCUGUACCGUGUGGGACUCCAGCAAUGUCUCCUACGCCUGGGACACGGGGGAUGGGCUGUGGAGGAAGGGGUCCACGGUGGUGGUGGAGGAGCCGUCGCUGGGUGAGGAGCUGCUGCCACUCACGUGCAUGGCACGAAACCCCGUCAGCAGCCACAACACCACUGUCAUCUCACCCGCUGCCAUCUGCACAGAAAGCACAGCCCACCCUCCCAGCACUGGUACCUACUCUAGCAGGCAGGCUGGAAUCCUGGCCGCAGCGGUGAUGGGAGCCUUGGUGCUUUUAGCCGUGGUUAUCUUUGUGAUCCACUGUAAAUCCAAAGGCUGGAGGAUCUUCCGUUUGCCUGCAGCAGAGGCUGUGAACAGAGAGGCCAGCCCGGAGUGCAUGACGGUGUAUGCCCAAAUCGGCCCUUCCCAGCAGGUGCACCCGCAGAGUUCCUCUAACGCGCAGCGAGGGGAGCCAAACAGGAUGCCGACCCCUGGUGUGGAGACCUCCAAAACCAUCUAUUCCACCAUCCAGGCUAUGGCCCAGCUGCAGACAGAUGAUGAGAAGAUGGGUAACGGCAUGCCAGAGUGCCAGAAGGAGUCGCUCAGCCAGCCAGCCUCCAUGGACAGCCCCAGCAGGGCUCCGGUGUGCCCAUGAGCCUGCUUUGAGCGCGGCGCUGCUCUCUGCCCACCCCUGGCCGUGGGGCCGCAGCAUCCCCCCUUCCCUCCCCAUCACUGCUGCCAUCAAUUCGCCUGUCAGCACCGGUCCCUGGCCAUCGACGCGAGGAUGUAAGCGCCCUGUGAGUGCAGGCUUCUCUGGCACAGGAGCUCUGCCUGUGUUUUGGCAUCCACGUGGGGUUUGGGCUCCUUUUUCUGCCCUCUCCGAUCAGAUCAAGGCAUAUGGACCAAAACUGUGGCUGCAAGUCCAGCCCUCCUGGUGCAGGGACAUGAGCUGAUGCUCCUGGGAUUUGCCCUGCAGCACCUCACAGCGCGGAGCCUCAGGAUGAGUGGAUGGGAAGACUUGAGGAGCCACUUAAAGCCUUUUGUACAUUUCUUUCUUUUGUUUUUUUUUUUUUUUUUGGCUAUACUUUCAAACUUGGCAAGUACUUUGGCUGCUUCGUUUGGUUGCUAAAACAAGAGGAAGCAAAAAUAACACUUGGUGGUAGAAAGCUGAACACAGAACCAUGGGUGCCUUUGCCCAGGCGCUGUGGUUUGGGUGCCAGCUGCUUCCCCAGCGCUCACUGCUCUCAGGUCCAUCAGGGACCUUCCAAACCUCGCAGCAUCCUGCUCAGCACCGCUUUACACCAGCAGUGAGCAGCUUGCAGUCCCUUGAGACACAGCAGGGCUGUGCUCCAGGGGCAGAAAGUGGUCCAGGCUUGGGGGGAAAACAGGACAAGGGACAUGGCUGGUGCCGUUCUGCUCCAUUCCUUUGAUGUGUUUGUAUAUGAGGUUUUAUUCUUGGAUGAAAUAUUUUUAUGUGAAGUGCUCUCUUUCCGGAGUUCGGCAGCUUCCCAGCAGAGCUUUAGGGAGGAGAGCAGCUCUCGGAGCCCUGAGCGAUGCAGGGAUGCUGCAUGGCGUGGUAGCGGCCACAUCCUACUGAGAUGUGUGUCCUGUGGUGGUUCACCCAGAGCUGGGACUUACAAGGACCUGGGUGCCCAUCGAGCAGGACCCGGGGCACAUCCCCACCCUCCCUUGCUCCCCAAACUUGCCUGGGGCUGACAACUGAGCCGAACUCUCACGUUGGCAUCAAUUUUCCGGUGCCGCCGGACAGACAGACGCUGCCCGUGCCGGGAAGCCUCUUCCCGUGCAUGCUGCUUCCCUCUGCUCUUUGUCUUGUCUGCGCGGAUAGUAAAUUAUUCAGGGAUGAAACCGGAGAUUUCUUUGAAGUGCCUGGCACAGGAGAGCCCUCUAGGAGCUACUGGAAUAAAAAUGCAAGACACAUCUGA